GUCAACUCAAUAGACAUAGAAGAAAUUUUUUUCUUGUUAAAUACACUAAAUUCUCUUUAAAUAAUGUGUAUUUAAUAUAAUUAAGCGUGCAGUUAACAUUCUUUUGCAUUAUUUAAUCUAUACAGUUUAUGCUAUCAUUAAGAUCAUCUACAUCAUUAAAUUGAAUAAUAGUUCCGUAAUCAAUCGAUAUUUCAUCAAUUAAUUUUCUCAUCAAAAAAACAACAACAAAAAGAUCCAGCAACUAAGACAAGAGAAAAAAAAAUCAAUAAAUACCGGUGUAUUCAUGAUGAUCAGUACGAGUGACUUGCAGGCGCUUAUUGAGAAGGUCGAGGGCGGUUCGCAAGGUGUUGACAUCGUUAAAAUUGGACAGAAUUAUGCGCAACAAGUGCCGGCGAGAACAUUGCGCAGAUUUCGUGUUGCUUUAGACAUUGAGGGAUGUAUUGAUAGAUUUUAUGGUGGCUACUAUUCUGAUUGGGCAUGUGGUGGACAAUUCAAUCGAUGCUUCCAAUUUGUGCAACUACUUGCUAAUGCCUUUCAAUCAGCCCAAACGGAUGUCGUCGUAUUCUUUGAUGGAACUUUAAAGGAGAAUAAGAAGCUUCAUUUGGAACGAAAUGACUUUAGACAAAGAACGAUUUCGGUAUUAAAGCAUAUUAGAAUGAUUGGAACUCCACCACCAAAGAUUUGGUGGCUUCCUCCUUCUGGUCUUCGUACAUGCUUAAGAAAUGCAUUGAGAACUGUCAAUAUUCCAGUUGUUCAAACAAUUCAUGACCAUACAAUGGAAGUUAUUGAUUAUUAUCACGAGCACAAGUUAAAUGGAAUUAUCGGUCUUCAUCCUGACUACAUCAUCUUUAAUGUAUCUCGUUACUUUAGUUCACACGAUAUGCGUUUAUCGUAUAAGGGAGCACUUGAAACUAAGGAAUAUUUCAUGGCAACCGUUCUAAGUCAUUUAAAUUUAAUGCCUGAACAGCUUGCUAUUAUUGCCGUCCUACUUGGUGGAUAUAUUUUGAUUGAAGAGUCAAUAUUAAAGAAAAUUUACAAUAAAUUGGAAAUUGAGUAUAAUCAGGACUUUGAAGCUCGCAUUCGUCAACUUGCUGCUCUUGUUCGUCCAAUUCCGGCUUCAAAUUCAGCUGAGGCUAUUAUUAAGCAAUUAAAUCUUACUGAAUUUAGCGAUAUUCUUAAAGAAUCCAUUGAGUAUUAUCAGCGUAAGGGAAUUUUCGGUGGCAAGCGUUAUUUGGGUAGCAAGAAGAAGCCAAUUACUGAAAUAAUUAGGAAUAUUGAUGUCAUUCAAGACUCAUCGCCAAUUCUGCCGAUGGCAAGUGAAACCAAUGAGAAUGACGAGAUUGCAAAUAAGAUUUUGAAGGAUGUCAACAAUUUGGUUAAUGAAAGCGAUCCAAUUCCAACAACAUCUGGUCAUCAAGAAAUCGUCCGCAAAUGCGUCAAGUUUGUCUAUUCACUUCCAGCAGAAGUUCUCCGUACUGCAUAUCAACGUCAUCAACGUGGAAGUAUGGAUUCACGCAUAUACAUUUUAUUGACAAAGAAGGAAAUCUUGAUGUCACAAGUCCUUGAAGAUGAACAAUACCGUGAAAUGCCAGCUAUUCAUAUAUUUUAUAGACCAGCACGUCAAAUGAUUUAUGCAAUUUUAUUCAAUCUUUAUCAUCAAAAAUACAUGUGCUCGAAGACUAAAGAUAAUUUACCAAUGCCUGAUGUUAUUAUUCAGGAAUGGAUUUGGUCACCACAAAAUGAAUAUAAGAAACCUGAAGAAGUAUAUGCUGUACAAUUGCCAUGGGCCGUACCAACAAUUCAAAGACUUUGGUUUGGUACAACAUUUGAAGAUAAACAUCGUCGAAUGCGAGCAUUUUUAACAAUCAUGCGAUCUGAUGCGCCAUUGAUGCUUAAUAGAAACUAUGUUCCUCAACAUAUGCUCGUUAUGGCAUGCGUUUUGAGAUAUAUUGUAACAAAUCCUGAUCGAAAUAUUUUGUCUCGAUAUGAACUGGAUGCCUUUUUGGCUACUGCAUUCUCACCACAAUUAGUUAACGUCGAUUACACACAAGAAAUGGUUUUGCCAGGUGUUUAUUUGCGUGGAGUUUUCCUCGCAUCACUUUUCAUGCAAGGUGUCGAAACAGCACAGCUCGCUAAUGAUGCUUGUGGAGUUCCCUUACCAUGGAAUUUAACCAAUCCCUGGCUGUUUUUUGACGGAAAACUGUUUCAUUUGAAAUUGAGGAUGUCAGUUGGUCUUCAAAACUUGCGCGAAGUUUGUGACGAUCAAUUAGAUAUGGUAAUGAAAAUUGAGCGCUUCCGUAAAGCAAUAUUGGAAGAUAUUGAGACUCUUGUUCCAUUUACUGAAACAAUGUAUCGUCCAGUAUAUCCAGGUCAUAGUCAAUAUGCUGUCUAUGGCUCAACAAACAAUAAGAAUGUGACUUUACAACAACCAAUUUCUGGAGGAAAUAAUUAUGCUUAUAAUAUGCAACAAAUGUUCUAUCAGUCAAAUGUUGGUCAAUAUGCAUUACAAAAUCAACGCCAAGCUGCUGCAAAAGCAAAGAUUCAGCCACAACAAGCUAAUGCACGUAUUAGUGGAGCAAUUGGCUAUCAAAAGAAUAAUGGAUAUCAAUUGAAAGUCGGUGGCGUAGUUGUUGGAUCUUGGGCAACAAAUCGUUCACAAUCAACUCGAGUCAACCGCACUGGAAUGCAAAUUCGUUAUCCAAUUAAUCAGCAACGUAUACAAAGAGGUGCUAAUAAUCGUUACCGUGUGAGUGGACCUAGUACUAUGUUGACAAAUCGUUUUGUCAAUACAAAACAAAAGAAAACAAAGGCAAAGAAGGAGAAGAAAAUUAGUAAAAGUGAGGAGACUGACGAAUUAAAUGAUGAAAAGAAAAUAAGUCCAAAAGAGGAGGUGGAAGAAGAACCGACAAUAAAGAACGAAAAUGGAAAUCAAUCAGAAAAUCACGAAGCCAACGUCGUUGAGGAUGAACAGAAGGCAUCACAACCAGAGAAGCCAAAGGCUAUAGAAGACAAUCGUAAUGGAACUGAUUCGGAACAAUGUGAUAAGAAACCAGAUGAUGUGAUUAGUGCAACUAAUCCUACUGCCAUACCGGAUGUGCUUUCGAAUGAAAAUGCUGUGACACCGCAACAACAACAACCACAAAACAAUAACAUUCUUAGUAUUAAGUCUAAGAAGAAUAAGAAAAAAGGUAAAGUUGAUGCAGGAAAUGAUGAGCAAAAAAGCUCAUCUGACGCCUCAAAGGCUUAAAAAGUAAUUUUUUUAUUGACGAAAAAAAAAGUUUUUCCAUUUUUUGCAAAUUCAUGAUUUUUGAGAAAGUUUCAUUUUCAUUUUUUUGAAGUUUUUUUAAUUAUUUCCUGACCUAUAAUAGAAUUAAUACGAUGAGAGAAUUA